AUGUACUCCCCUACUAAUAAAGAAGCAGAGAGGCUCAUAGACUUGAGGUCAAGCGAGACGACACCGACCUUGACUUCCACAUACAAUGCGGCAACACCCGAAUUCCUGUCCACUUCAGCAGUGAUUGACCAAAGGCACCAUUCCGUCUCCCGCGUCACGAAGACCCUAUCUUCUACAAACCAUACUGUUCCUCCAGCAGGUUCAACCUUGCGCCCAGAGCCCAGCUAUCGUCUCAACACCUUUCGUGAGGUCCUCGAAGCAUUUCCAUCCAAUUUUAAGGCGGACUCCGAACCUUUGAUCGAAUUCUUCCAGAAUCCGCAGCCUUCGCUGCGGCGCUUAGUCUCCUACAUCGUCGCCUACGCCUCCGAGAUCGCAAGCAACACGGUCCCGAAACACCUAGAAUACCCCAAACCUACCGCCCUCUUCGAGAGCGUCAUGUCUUGGGCCUCGAAAAGACACUCCAACCUCGUCAAAGCAAUAGAACAGGCUCUCACACAGUCGUGGGCUCGUCUCAACCUAACACUACCAAACGUAGCAGGUUUCAAACCCACCCUUUCCUCUUUCUGGCGCCGAUCUCCACCUAAACCGAAAUCCUACAUCCAAGUCGUUCAAGGCGCGGUCGAAGGCUGGACCACAGCUGUCCUUGAUUACCUCGAGCCCCUCUGGAUCUUCGGCCCGCUCAUUCAUCGGGCUAGAUGGUACUGGAGAUGGGGUUGGUGGUUUUUCUUUGUACAUGAGACUGUCAUAGUCGUGACGAUGGCUGUGUUUGCUCUGCUAUUUCCAAUAUUGGUCGCGAUUUGGCUGGUGAGGCUUUGGUUGCCACCUUACCCUCAGAGUUCGAGCCGAGAUCUGUGGAAGAUAGUCGCAUCCUGGUGGCUCCAAGGGCGCGGCCAUCAGACUCAGGUAUCUGCAGAGCCGAAGAAUAUAAAGGACGUGAAAACGGAGACGCUGCAGGCGUGA